UCUGUUCAUGAGAAUGAAUUCGAAGUUGUCCAUUACGCAAUCCAAUAAAUAAGCAAGUUAUCUGAGACAUAUAUAGCGCUGCGAAUGUCCCCCUCAAAGAAGAACAUCUCGAACAAGCGCUACAAUUGAGUCGUGGUGUCUAUUGAGAUUGGAGGCAUACCGGAUCGAAUGUCGGACCUGCUGGAUGCGGAUGAUGAUAUCCACACCGAGCAGCUGUCCCUCAGUGAGAGUCAGCGGAUCCAUGCGCUCGCACAGCUCUGUGUACGCGGGAACAAGCCACGGUCCCACAUCGAAGCGGCGGCCGAGCGCGAUGCGUUCCACGGCGGAGGUCGACGGCCCGAGGUGCUGGAUGGCCAGUUCUCGGAUAGACGUGAACUCCCAGCGCGUUGAGAGCGAGAGGAUCGAGGUCCACUCCUCGACCGAGGCGCAAUCUCGCGUCGCAAAGUCGCUGCCGGACGGGGGAGUCGGUCAGCCCGGGAUGCAGGCAGUCCUGUGGCAGGCACAUACGCGGGAUAGAAAACGGAGAGAAGUCGGUCAAAGUCGACUGUGCAGAUCCCCUCGAGCACGAUUGGGUUCUCCACGACUUCACCUUCAGGCCGCUCCCCCGAUGCCGUCGGCAGAGAGAACAUCCCCGCGAAAGCCAGCGAGUCUCGCUCAAAGAAGUAGCGGUGCACCUUGUACAAAAUUCUCUCAACCUUUCAGCCUCGUUGUCAGCUCUCAUAGUUACCACUCCCGGCGAUUACAAGGCCAGUAGUAACAUACCGAGAAGAUCACGGUGCCAUCUGAGAGGAAGAAUCGCGGGUGUUUCUUUAUCGGACUCUCUUGAAGAGCCAAAGAUACAUUCGACGAGAACUCUUCACCGUAGACAGAGCGCAUUUCGACGGUCGCAGUCGGCUGUGAGAGAGACAAGAUAGGGGCUGCUUCAGAUACCAGACGUCACUCGUCAAUAUCCGAUCAUCAUGAUCGGCGCGUGGCGGUGGCGAUGCAAUCCAUUUCUCUGUGGCCGUCCACAACUUGUGAUCUAUCAUCUCUGGGAUUGCGAAUCUGUACAGACAAUGCAUGCGACGCGGUAUCAAAUGAACGGCUCGCCUUGCUCCGUUCCCUACUCAGAGGGCAUGGAUGUAACGUACAGCGUCUCCAAGUUCGCAAAUUGAAGCGCCUUCACCCUGCAGAGUCGCCCUCGAUGAAACUGUAGCUUUUCCCUCGUCGCUCGCGCGAUGAUAAACAGAUCCUCCGCUCUAGCACUGGGCGUCUUCGGCAAUGGUUUCGCCGAGUAGAUGGUGUCUCUAGAUCGCUGCCGAGUAGACUCGUGUUCGCAUUUGCCGGGUUGGUACGAUGAAGGAUAGUUCGUCAUUGUGAUCUGUGCGUAGAGGUUAGAGCGGAUUGGAGACAAGAAGCGUGAGCGGCAGGGGCACCCACCUGGGUGCUCUGCUCCAGAAAUAGGAUCUUUGCUCUCCCAAAGCAUGUUGACGGGACAAAGCCCAUUGCCAUCCGCAUCAAUUUCCAGACAAAGCGCAGCCUCGUGUGUGGCCCAACCGGGGAGACAAUGACAACUUCGGAGCCACGGCCUGCUUCAAAAGGAAGGCAAUGGAUUCAUGCAUGGCUUGCUCCUCGUCACGAUCCGCCGCCAGAGCGUACAAAUUACACUUGGUUCUACGCUUCCGCCGUCCCUCUCGUCUAUUCCAUCUCCAGUUUCCCCCAAGCGGCUUUCGUUUCACCCCCUCUCCGUGCAUGUUCAAUCACACAGAAAGACUACAAAAGAUGGACUCGCAGAGAUUCGAGAUCUCCAACAAAGCGUGGGCGCGCGAAUCUUAUGCAUCUUCGUCGUGUUCUUCCGGCGCGUCUAUAUCCUCCAUCCGCUGCAGCUCGCCGGCGUACGACCUCUCGCGCUUCUCGUGUGUCUCGUCUGUGCUGGACUUCCCGGCGGACGCGCUAUCGGACCUGGAGUCCUCACGCUCGUCCGGCGCAUCGAGCUCCAGCGCCGCGCUACCAGUGUAUACCUAUCCGCCACGCCCAGAACGGAUCCCUGCCACCGGCAAACGCAAGCAAGUCACUCUACAGCAGGAAGUGGAGGAGGAGGAGGACGCCGAACCGAGCUCGGACACCGUCCUCGCAAUACUCCGGCCCUCCGUCCGCCUUCCCCUCGGGCUGCGACGCUUCGCGCGACCCGCAAAACCCGUCAUCUCACGCCCGGGGUCAGCCAUCCCGCACGCGGCGUUACCGCGCAGCUUCGGGUGCCUCUCCGCGUCUGCAUUCGAGGACGAGCUGGACGCGAUGUUGACUGGUGGGGCGGUGCGGGUGGCUGUGCGGGUCGACCGGGUGGCUGGGAGUUGGACUGAGGAGUGGGAUGCGCCUGCCGAGCAGGAGCACGAGAGGAGGCGCCGACGCGCGAUGGAGCCUGUCAGUUUCGUUCACAUACGUCGAGCACGAUGA